AUGAACAUACGCUGCGCAAAACCGGAAGACCUAAUGACCAUGCAGCACUGCAAUCUGCUGUGCCUACCCGAAAACUACCAGAUGAAAUACUACUUUUACCACGGACUAACCUGGCCGCAGCUUAGCUACGUGGCCGUCGACGACAAGGGCGCCAUUGUGGGCUAUGUCCUGGCCAAGAUGGAGGAGCCGGAGCCCAAUGAGGAGAGCCGCCAUGGGCACAUCACCUCGCUAGCGGUCAAGCGUUCCUAUCGGCGAUUGGGCCUGGCCCAGAAGCUCAUGAAUCAGGCCUCCCAGGCCAUGGUCGAGUGCUUCAAUGCCCAGUACGUGUCCCUGCACGUGAGGAAGAGCAAUCGGGCUGCCCUGAACCUCUACACCAACGCCCUCAAGUUCAAGAUCAUCGAGGUGGAGCCCAAGUACUAUGCCGAUGGCGAGGAUGCUUAUGCCAUGCGACGCGACCUCAGCGAGUUUGCCGACGAGGAUCAAGCCAAGGCUGCCAAGCAGUCGGGCGAGGAGGAGGAGAAGGCGGUCCACAGAUCCGGCGGGCACGGCCACUCGCACAACCACAGCGGUCACGAUGGCCAUUGUUGCUGA